GUUUAUUUAGGGACUGAGCUAGAACUUCGUCAUGUAGUACCCGAUUCACACGAUCAGACAUAUCCCACUUGUUCCCGGUUUCUUCGUCUUAUAUUCUCCUCUCAUGACCCAAACUUCCAUUUUCUAGUAAUAAAAAUUCGCUGGUAAUAAAGGGAACCGAAUAGGUGAAACGGGAAGAGGGGAGGUUUCAUCUGUUUUUUUAGAAGGAAAAGAGAAAUGAUUCCGCUGCAAUGGACACCGCCGUGUAACAAUCAAUGCACACAGAAAUACGCUAGUCUCAUGCAAAUUCCUUGGAGAGUAUUCUGCAAGAAAGGGUGCGACUCCGAUGGGGACAGUUGGGAGGAAUGCUUAGGUGAAUGUGAUGAAUUAUGUUACAAAGAUCCAGUUUUGAAGGAUCAAAAGUGGAGUUCUUACAUUGAUCGUUCUCCUGGGGCUGUUGGCUAUUCAGAGGAAUGCUUUCGCGCUUGUGUCGCUGGCUGUGGAUACAAGUUUGAUAUCCCUCAAAAGGAAGUUGAAAAUAUCCGCCCCAACAGACCAGCAUGGACCCCAUCUGCAGAGAAGCCACUUCAACCUGCUGUUGUAGCAAGGCAGCCUCUGGAACCUCGCUCAACUUCCGAAGACAUUCCCGGAACAUCUGCAUAGGGUACUUUUAUUAGUGCUUACCAAUUCUGUUUUUGCAAGAAUUACUUGCUGCACAUUAGUUAGGGACUUGGGGCCAAUGGAUUUGACAAAAACAUCCUUUAAAUGAUGUUGUUGGAGCUACCCUCACUCAUUCCCUUUCCGUGAACCUUUUU